UACAACAAAGCCGUCCCGGGGCUCAAGAAAAAGUCUGUCUCGUUAUUCUCUUUCUUAUCUCUUCCCGAAAAGCUCCGAAGGAAAAAGCAAUGGCUUCUGAGACUGAUGGUUGUACUAAGAGGAAAGUGAAGGCAGCUGAAUCCAUGAGCAAAGCACCUUGGACACCUGAAGAAGAUAGGAAGCUUGCUGAGGUUACUGCGGUUUAUGGGGCAAAAAGGUGGAAGUCCAUUGCAGUCAAAGCAGGCCUCAAUCGUUGCGGAAAGAGUUGUAGGUUAAGGUGGAUGAAUUAUCUCAGGCCAAAUAUCAAGCGGGGAAACAUAUCAGACGAAGAAGAGGAUUUGAUAAUUCGGCUUCACAAACUCCUCGGAAAUAGGUGGGCUUUGAUCGCCAGGAGACUUCCAGGUCGAACAGAUAAUGAGAUAAAGAACUACUGGAAUUCUCAUUUGAGCAAGAAGCUUAAGCAGAGGGAGAAGCACCCAAGUGGGAGUUCAUCCAGAGAAGAGAACCAAAAGAUGGUCGUAGAACAGAAGAUUCCUGAAGAAGCUAAGCUAAUUAGAGAACAGGUUUCCCCUCAGGAAGCUGUAGACUCGUCAUCAAAACCCAAGUUUGAUAUUGAUGGGGUCUUUGAUUUCUCAGAAGAAGGUCCCUUGAAUCUGGAGUGGGUUAGCCGGUUCCUUGAACUCGAUGAUAAAACCUUGGGACUCUUUUCACAAUACUAAACGUAAAUGGUAGUCAUAAGGUGAACAUGAUAUUAUUCUGUAAGCUUAUGGAAGCAUCCUUUUGUGUUAUUCAUUAUUGCAUCACCUGUCUGAAUAUUAGGAGUCUGACUCUUGUUACAAAUUGUGAAGAUAAUAUUACCUCCGAUCCUAAUUAUAAGACAUCAUUUGUAGUCUACAAUUAUGAUCGGAGGUAGUAUUAAUUAUGCAAGUUCAAUUGUGGAAGCAUGGUAUGGAUGAUUUGUGUGUGUUUUG